GAUAUUACCGUCAGUUGUUACGGAUGGUUGCAGCUCUGCUUUAGAAGAAAAGUAAUUAUCUACAGGGCUGCGAUUCCUGGAGAAGGAAAGGCUGUGAGUUUGGGAAGGUAGGAGACCAGACGUGGGAUUUGCUGCACCUUACCGUUUGCCAAGCCACCAAAGGUCACUAUCUGUCAUAUGACCCAAAGCAGCAACCAUGGAAAAUUCACAUGGGGAGGAUUACAAGAUCCAGUCUUUUGAUGCAGACACACAGAAGCUGCUGAAGAUGGCACUGAAAGAACCGGGAUUGGUCGACUUGGAGAAAGUGGCCUCGGUGAUAGUCGAACAGUCCCUGAAAGACCUGGUGUUCAGCAAGGAAGCUGGCCGUAUCUGCUACACCAUUGUCCAGGCUGAGAGCAAGCAGAGUGGGAACAGUACCUUCCGCCGGGGCAUCCUGAACCGACUGCAGCAGGAGUUCCUGGUGAAGGACCAGGUCCGGGAGGGCUCACUGAAUGCCUGGAUCUGCCUGGUCACCUUCAUCUGCAACGUCUUUGAUUACCUGAAGGUGAAUAAUAUGCCCAUGAUGGCGCUGGUUAACCCAGUGUAUGACUGCCUGAUGCGCCUUGCCCAGCCUGACGCUCUGCAGAAUGAAGAGGAGGUAGACUGUCUGGUACAGCAGUUGCAUCGCAUAGGGGAGCAGUUACAAAGGACCUGCACCCAGCGGAUGGAUGACCUCUUCUGCCUGCUGCGAGAUGGCUUCCUGCUGCAGGACCGACCCUCCCCACUGUCCCGACUCCUGCUGUUGGAGAUCAUUGAGUUCCGGGCGGGAGGGUGGAAGAUGUCCGACAGCACCCAGAGAUACUACUACAGUGAGGUGGUUGAUUGACAGGCGACUGACUUUAGCUUCAGCAUGAGGCAGUACUUCAAAUUCCAAGGUUGAACAUGCUUUGGAGAUUCACCAGCUGAGGGAGCUAUUAGUUCAAGUUCCCAUGCUUGACGAUUUAACUUUUUUGAUAACACUUUAUUUUUAAAUAACAAUGAACUGACCUCUGGGCGGUUCUGCUGCUUGUAGAUGAGGCUCGUGUUGGGUACACUGCUGCAUUUGUUGCGGGCCAACGUGCUGGGUGAGUGUGUGUGCGGUCCCAGUAGCCGCGUGCAGACAGGGUGAACCUUUACCCAGUCACUACACUGCUGCCCCUGUCCCAGUGGCGAUUGUGCUGUGAACAAGCCAGCCACAGACCAGACCACUGGACCACAGUCUAUGUAAGUUUUACUUUUUCAAAAUCGGAGGACAGCAAUUAUUAUCCAUCACUUAUUCCCCAUAGGCUAAGCAGUUUGCUAGGGCAUUUACCACUUUGGGUUUGGAGUUUCUUAUGAGCAAGAUUGGAUUAUGGAAACACGAGGAAUUCUGCAGAUGCUGGAAAUUCAAGCCACGCACAUCGAUGUUGCUGGUGAACACAGCAGGCCAGGCA